AUGGGGAAUAUAGCUACUAUAUUUUUAUUCUUAGUAUUAAAUUUUAUUUCAAAUUCUAAAGCUGAAUCUGAUAUAGAUGUUGAAACUGUACCAAAUGAUACUAUAAAAUGCGAAUAUUAUGAAACAGAAUUCGAUGUUCGUGACAAAUGGCCAAAAUGUUCCUCCUUCAUCAAUCACGUAGAAAAUCAAGGAAUUUGUGGCAGUAGUUGGGCUAUAGCAGUUGCUUCCGUCUUCACAGAUCGUCAUUGUAUUGAAAGUGACAAAAAGGGUCUGAUCACACCACAUAAUGCUAGCAACAUAUUUUCGGCAUAUGAAUUGCUUUCUUGUGCACCAGGGCUUGGCUGUGACGGUGGCUUACCGAACGAUGCGUGGGAAUAUAUAGAAAGCAAUGGAAUUUGUACAGGAUCUGAUUAUUUUGAGGAUAGUGGAUGCAAACCAUAUCCGUUCGGACCUGAUGACACAAACCCUAUUGUCAACAGUUGCUAUAACUUUUGUACCAACAAAAAGUGGGGAGUACCUUAUGAUGCUGAUAGAAAGAAUUACGCUUCGGGUGGAUAUUAUAGUGAUCAUGCUGUUGUUAUUGUUGGAUAUGGAACUGCUUCUUGUGGUUAUGAGAAAAUACCUUACUGGAUUAUUCGAAAUUCUUGGGGUACUAAUUCAACCGGUAAAGGCUUUCUCAAAUUUCGUCGUGGAAAUGACGAAUGUGGAAUUGAAUCACAAAUAUCUUUUGGAAUUCCUAAAAUUGAUUGA